AUGGAAGGAGGAGAGGAAAGUAUCAGCUUUGUGAAUCAGCAGUUCCUCAGCUCAAGACCACUUGAUGAGAAGAACAUCCUGGAGUACUUUUCAGGAUCGCCUUUCUAUGACAAGUCGUGUAACAACGAGAUAUUAAGAAUGCAAACACAGUUCAGAGGAUUGGAGUACAGCAAAGCCACACUCUCAACAAUGGCAGGGAUUUUCUACGAAGUUCUGAGCACCAACACAGAAAAAACACUGUUCGUUGUUUCCAAAUCAUAUAAUCACAUAACACAUACAGAGAUGCUUGGCAUUUACUACAUAAUGCACGGAUAUGUGUACUCGGCACCUACAAACUAUUCGAUCUACAGGAGCAGGAUGACGGACUCGAUGUGGAUGCUGAACUCGUUCAUAAUCAAGAUGAUGGACAGGAAGAAAUUCAAUCCAUUUUCAAUACAGAGAAGAAAGCAGAGCACAAAUAAGAUUGAGGACGGAAGCAGCUUGGGAUUCAUGAUGGAUGUGUUCAAUGAGUUCAGAAAGGAGCUUGAGCCAAGAAGACAGCAAUAG